CUUCUGCAAACCUGUGGAUGCCUGGUUUCAUUAGAAGCUGCUUCAGACCAUUGUGGGCAUGAUUCAGUGUCCCAUUUCUGGGCUCCUUAAAGGCCCUACACCUUCCCUGGCCACUCAGAAAACUAGUGUGGGGAGAGCCUCGCUGAUCUCAUUAGAUGUCCCCCUUCCCGGCCCCAGGCCAACACCUUUCUCCUCCCACAGACCCUCCGUCUCCGAAGAGGAUCUCAAGGUUCUGUUCUCCAGCAAUGGGGGCGUCGUCAAAGGAUUCAAGUUCUUCCAGAAGGACCGCAAGAUGGCACUGAUCCAGAUGGGCUCUGUGGAGGAGGCGGUCCAGGCCCUCAUUGACCUGCACAACCAUGACCUCGGGGAGAACCACCACCUGCGGGUCUCCUUCUCCAAGUCCACCAUCUAGGGGCACAGGCCCCCUUGGCCGGGCCCGCUGGCGACAACUUCCAUCAUUCCAGAAAAAAGCCACUUUAAAAAGCAGCUGAAGUGACCUUAACAGACCAGAGAUUUUAUUUUUUUAAAGAGAAAUCAGUUUACCUGUUUUUAAAAAAAUUAAAUCUAGUUCACCUUGCUAAUCCUGCGGUGACGGGGACAGCUCAGGCUCUUGGUGACUGUGGCAGCGGGAGUUCCCAGCCCUCCACACCCGGGGCCAGACCCUUGGGCUGUGCCUUGGUGGGGCCUGCAGGUGGGUGCCCUGACCACAACUCGGCUUCCUUGUGCCUUAAAAUCCCUGCCUUCCUGCAGCCACCCCCCCCCCCCCCCGGGGUGUCCUGGGGACCCAAGGGGCGGGGCUCACACCAGAGAAAGGCAGGGGGCCUGGCCGGCUCCUGCAGUCCUGCAGGAUCAUGUACCUGGGGCUCGCCGGCCAGUGGCUGCGACUCCCCAACCCCAGCCCUCUAAUCAAGUCAUGUGAUUUCCCCACCCUGCCCCCAGGGCCUUCCCUGCAGCCCCCAGGCGGGCUCCCCACUGCUCCAGCUGCGGAGCUGGUCGUCAUAAUCUCUGUAUUAUAUACUUUGCAGUUGCAGACGUCUGUGCCUAGCAAUAUUUCCAGUUGACCAAAUAUUCUAAUCUUUUUUUCAUUUAUAUGCAAAAGAAAUAGUUUUAAGUAACUUUUUAUAGUAAGAUGAUACAAUGGUAUGAGUGUAAUCUAAACUUCCUUGUGGUAUUACCUUGUAUGCUGUUACUUUUAUUUUAUUCCUUGUAAUUAAGUCACAGGCAGGACCCGGUUUCCAGAGAGCAGGCGGGGCCGCCCAGCGGGUCAGGCACAGGGAGCCCCGGUCCGAUCUUAGACCCCUGAGCUUCAGGGAAGGGGCGGGCGCGUCGCCGCCUCUGGCAUCGCCUCCGGUUGCCUUACACCACACCUUCACCUGCAGUCGCCUAGGAAACUUGCUUUCAAACUUCUUCAGGGUUUUUUCCUUCAAAUUUUGGACCAAAGUCUCAUUUCUGUGUUGUGCUUGCCUCUGAUGCUGGGACCCGGCAGGCGGCCGCUCCUGUCCUCACUGUGCUGUCUCCCGCCCCCGCGUCCUGUCCCGGGGGCUCUCCUAGGAUCCCCUUUCCAUGAAGAGUGUAACAAGGGUGUAAAUAUUUAUAAUUUUUUAUACCUGUUGUGAGACCCGAGGGCGGCGGCGCGGUUUUUUAUGGUGACACAGAUGUAUAUUUUGCUAACAGCAAUUCCAGGCUCAGUAUUGACCGUGGAGCCACAGGGACCCCACGCACAUUCCGUUGCCUUACCUGAUGGCUUGUGACGCGGAGAACCGAUUAAAACCGUUUGAUAAACUCCUCCCUUGUCUAGGCCUGUGUUCGCUGUGGACGCUGUAGAGGCAGGUUGGCCGGUCUGUACCUGGACUUCGAAUAAAUCUUCUGUAUCCUCGCUC